AUGGACUCCCUCCAGACCCUGUUGCUGGGCAAAGUGAAGCAGCACAUAUACGAUCUCUUCGACGAUGCGUGUCUCGAGGUGGUCCAGGUCACCAUCCUUCUGGGAUCCUUCUACCUUUACAACGCAAAGCCCAACCUUGCGUUUGCUAUACUGGGGGCGGGUAUUAAGUGCGCACAGGCAAUGGGAUUGCACUUGGAAUCCUCAUGGAAGACCGAAUCUGAAAAUGUGCGAGAAAUGCAGAGACACUACCAGUCAACCGAGAUCACCGAGGAGGGCAAGAUGGUCCCCGUGACCCUUUAUACUUACCAGCGGCUGAAUUCAAGGCUGUAUAAAAUCAUGUCGCCAGUAUUGGAGAACGUGCACUUCCUUGGCCCUGCCCAAAACAGAGUGCAGCUUAGUGAUAACAUCAACAAGACUCAUCAACAGCUCGUCGAAUGGCACGCCUCUCUUCCGGAGGAGCUACUUCUAAGUCGGAUAUCCAGCAACACCAACAUUUCUUCUGGAGCAGUGCAGUCUACUUUCAAGAUGCAGGCUCUGGCACUACAACUGGCCUAUGAUAACAUCAUGGUUAUUCUGCAUCGUCCACUUCUCCUAUCUGAGCCAGAAGACCCCUCAGUACCGCACGCGGAGAAUGGACGUGUCGGAACAUCAAGCAGUGAGCCAAGGACUACUCCAGCCCUGCAGAAGGCCAAUGCUACAAGUAGAAAUCAAUGUUGGGAAUCAGCUAUGCGCACAUCGAGCAUCAUCCAGCACCUGGACGUUUUACGGCAAAUGAAAGCAACCCAUGCCGCUUCAUACACUGGGAUGCAUCUGUUCACAGCUGGUGUGAUGCUGAGCGUUGUUGAAAUGUCCCAGCCUGUGUCUAGAAAAGCCCAAGAGGCAAAGCGGGCCAUCGGUAGCAUUAUCCGGCUCUUGAAGGCAUUUGGACCUCACACGGUGCUCUCAGCCCAGGGCGGUACCAUAAUGGAGAGGCUGCUAUUACUAAUAAUGACAAAGGAGAUGACGGCUCUCAUUUCGGACUCACAGCACUCUCAACUGAACGACAUGAUCCUUGGAAGCCGCCAGCCUUCGCCGUUUCCAGAUUCCAUCAGAGCGCAUGUUCAAAGUCCACGCUCAAAUGAUGAAAUUGUUGUUUCGACCCCAAGCAACGAUCCUCAAGGCCUUGAAUACUGUCAGCCUGAUUCCGGGUCUUUGCUGGUGCCUGACAGCCAAACAUCAGAUCCGUUUGAGUUCACAGACUUCAACAUGGGGAUGCUCUCUGUGCAAGAAGCUUUUCGUAGUGCUCCUGUCUUUGGUUCCGGUUCAGAAGGUGAUGCCACAAUUAGAGCCCCUGUUGGUGAAGGUGAUCCUGCAACUGGUGUUGAAAGGGACGAACAGUCUAUUCAGGUUGCGACGAAUGGAGCUGGUGACUUUGUUUCAAUGUACGGUAAUUCGCUUGGUGGCCUUCAUGACAACGGCCAGAUGUGGCUAUGGGAUAUACCUUCAAAGCCGUUCUAG